AUGGCUAGCAAUCGUAUGCGUCGCAUUGGAAAAGAGAUUGCGGACAUUCACGCAGAUGCCCACUCUCAAAUCAAGGCUGAGCCAUUUGGGAGCCAGGACGAUGUCACUCACCUAAGGGGCUCAUUUCCAGGGCCACCCGGCACCCCGUAUGAAGGUGGCACCUACAAUAUCGAUAUCAAAAUCCCCACCGACUACCCUUUCCGGCCACCUACUAUGAAGUUUGAGACCAAGGUGUGGCAUCCAAAUGUCAGCAGUCAAACGGGUGCAAUCUGCCUCGACACGCUUUCCAGCGCUUGGUCGCCAGUUCUGACUAUCAAGUCCGCUCUGCUUUCGCUGCAAUCUUUGCUUAGCACACCCGAGCCCAAAGAUCCCCAAGAUGCUGAAGUAGCUAAUAUGCUUCUCAAGUCACCCAAGGAGUUUGAGCGUGUUGCACGCGAGUGGGCAGUCAUCUAUGCUGGAGCUCCCGUGGGUAGUGCUAACAAUGGAAGCGGAUCAAGCCUAGAUGACGCCCGGAAAGGAGCUGACGAAGACAGCCUUGCAAAAUAUGAUGGAUACAACAAGAAUUUGAUCGAUCGUUUCACCAGCAUGGGUUUCGACGUUGAUCGUGUUGUGGCUGCUUUCCGAUAUGUCGGUGUCGAGCGACGAGGAGGUCAAGACUACGAGCUGGAAGAAGGUCGUAUGGGUGAUAUUGCCGCCCGACUUCUCGUCAAGAGCACCACCAUGAUUGAAGACGACAUUUACCGUGCCUCAUCCCAGUACCGACUGUGGUCAUAUACCGAGCCAUCUCUACAAUCUCUCCGAGCCUCGACGAAUGCAGUUGCCAGUGAGCGCGUGCGCGCCGCUUUGCGCAGAUCGCGCGAAACUCAUCAGUCAACCGCAUCCUCCGCGGCGGGAACACCACUACCGGAAAGCAAUACGGAAAUCAAGAACAAAGAUGGGAAGGAUGUUGAAUGUUUGACACCAGAGGAGGAGCUCGUUCUCGUGCGGUAUUACUGCGAGAAGACGCUAGAGCUGGGAGAGACAUACAAGCCACCAAUUCCGACCAUGGUCCGGGCCACCGCGAUCCAAUACCUCCGCCGCUUCUACCUAACCAAUUCACCCAUGACAUACCACCCAAAGUCGAUCAUGGCUUGUGCGCUCUUCGUCGCAAGCAAAACCGAUAAUUACUAUAUUUCUCUUCGGCAAUUUGCAGAUGGAAUCCCUGGCGACACAACGACAGAGGACGUCAUCGCACCAGAAUUCCUGCUCAUGCAGGGUCUCCGUUUCACUUUUGAUGUACGGCAUCCAUUCCGGGGACUCGAAGGCGGCGUCAUGGAACUACAAGCCAUCGCACAAGGCCAAGGCCAACCAGCCCCCCAUCUACCACAUGAGACCGCGGAAGAUCUGCAACAAGGAUUGCUGUCCAUCGCACCUCCUCCCGUCCCAUCGUCCUCAAUGUCAGAUCGAAUCGCUCGGGCCCACGGCACAACCCGUGAGCUGUUGAGAACCGCUGCGCAGAUGACAGACGCCUACUUCUUGUACACACCAUCCCAGAUCUGGUUUUCUGCCUUCUUACUGGCAGACCGUCCCCUGGCUGAGUUUUUGCUGGAUGUUAAACUCGGUGGUCCUGUCACGGCCACAAUCCCUGCCCCCGAAACAGACGAAAAUGGCUUGGUGAACCCUCUAUACGAAAUUCGCUCCAAGCUGCAUCACGUCUUGACCGAAUGCUCUACUCUUCUUCAAUCUUACACACCCCUCUCCUCCGACCCCGCGCAAAUGAAGAGUCUCAAGCGCAUCGCAAAGAAACUAUAUCAUUGUCAGAACCCUGAGAAGGUGAAUCUGGCUGCUUCCCAGAAACGGGAAUCGGCCCAACCAUCUACCGCUGUUCAAAGUGAUACUGGAGUGGUCACUUCUGAGAGCGAAACAGAACGCCUAGCUAAAAAGCGGAAAUUGGAACAAGAACAGAUCAUCCGUCAGGAUGAUAAUGUUUUUGGUCCGGAGUUGGUCACUCAGCGAACCAAGCAGUAA